AUGGCUCGAGGGCGGAGGCAGAGUCUGCUGGCAGCUGUUGUGCUGCUGGCUGUGGCGACCUGCCUGUGGAGAUGGGCUUUCUCUGACGCCUUCGUCGCCCCCAAGCUUUCCACGGAUCGUCCAAGCCACCCGAGCCCUCGUGGUCUCCGCACAGCCCGCUUCGCAAGCGACAACAGCGCCGAGGAUUCGGUGGAGAUUUCGGGCUUCUCCGGCUUCGUGGUGGGCCUCGCAUUCCUGCCACACACCGGCUAUGCCCUCCUUACGGCUGUGAACAUCGCGAGGGGUGAGAGCUUCUCCUUCUUUGGCUUUGAGCUGCUCUCUAGCGUGGUCUCCCUGGGCUUGGUCGCCUGGUCGGUGGGCAGCUUCCUUCAACGCGGGCGAGGUUUGCCUGCAGGACCCCUUGGCUUGUUGGGCCUCUCCGAGGGCCUCUCCUACUUGGCCGCGCUGGGCCUCUUCCUAGCCACUGCGGCGGCAGGCAUCCGCGCAGGAGCUAAUCUGCCCAGCAUCAGCGCCCCGAACAUCAGCUUGCCCGACGUCAGCAUGCCCACGCUGCCAUCGGCGUCCUCGCUCUCGCUGCCGAAGGGCGUGGAGAUCCCAAACCUGAAGGUGCCUGACGUGAAGCUUCCUGACAUCAAGUCCAAGCUGCCAGACGUGAAGGUUCCCGACUUCAAGGUUCCUGACAUCAAAGUGCCGGAUGUGAAGCUCCCUGAGGUCAAGGUUCCCGAUAUCAAGAUGCCAGAAAAGAAGGAAGAGAAGAAGGAGGUCAAG